AUGAAUGUAAAAGAGGGGGGAACCAUGUCGGCUUCUGGCCCCAUAAGCAACUACUAUGUUGACUCCCUGAUAAGCCACGAGAACGAAGAGCUCUUGGCCUCCAGGUUCCCCAGCACUGCCGCCCACCCGGCUGCUGCCCGACCGUCAGGAUUAGUCCCGGACUGUGCCGACUUUCCGUCCUGCAGUUUCGCCCCCAAGCCGGCCGUUUUCACCACCUCCUGGGCUCCUGUCCACUCCCAGUCCUCCGUGGGCUACCACCCCUACGCUCCCCAGGCGCCCGUGGGGGCCGAGCCCAGGUACAUGCGGACUUGGCUGGAGCCCCUCGCCGGGGCCGUCUCCUUCCCGGCCUUCGCCCCCGGUGCUCGCCCCUACGGCCUGAAGCCCGACGCCUUCCCCGGGCGACGGGGGGAGUGUGGCCCCGCCGACGGCCGCGGCUACGCGGACUACAUGUACGCGGCUCCGGGGGAGCUGAGAGACAGAGCAGCGCAGACAAUUCCUUCCCCGGAGUCCGAAGCCAUCGCUUCCAGCAAACACAAAGAAGAAAAGCACGAAUUAGACCCUAACAAUCCCGUCGCAAAUUGGAUUCAUGCGCGCUCCACGAGGAAGAAAAGAUGUCCUUACACAAAGUAUCAGACCCUGGAACUGGAAAAAGAGUUUUUAUUCAAUAUGUACCUUACACGGGACCGGAGGUACGAAGUAGCCAGAGUCCUUAAUCUCACUGAACGCCAAGUCAAAAUCUGGUUUCAGAACAGGCGAAUGAAAAUGAAGAAAAUGAAUAAAGAAAAAACCGAUAAAGAACAGCAAUAA